AGCUUCGUCAAGAAGAGGCAGAGAGAGAUAACGGAGCAUCCUUUCUCCACAACAACCCCAAAAGCCCCAAUUAUGGGCGCCGAAUUUCUCCCAAAACCCAGUGAGAAUGAUCUAUCCGGCGAUUAUCAGGCUGCUCCGGUGAUACUCGGCCUCCUCCCCGCUGCCCUUGUUGACCACAUAGCAAGGGUUGACUUAUCAAUUCUCUCUCGAAUUCCCGGCGAACCUGGUGGUUCCUUCCCUGUUGCAGCUGAAGAGCUGAAAGAUCUACUAAAAGAGGUGAACACCCAUAUUUCGUCUUCUCCAAAUGAUCUGUCUCCUGUAAAGACUAUAGCCGGGGGUAGUGUGACCAACACCAUUAGAGGCCUUGCAGCAGGUUUUGGGAUCUCAUGUGGGGUUAUUGGAGCUUGUGGGGACGAUGAACAAGGUGCUCUCUUCUUGAAAAACAUGAGCUUUUAUGGUGUAAAUAUAUCAAGAUUGAGGGUGAAAGAUGAACAUACUGGUCAGUGUGUUUGCUUGGUUGAUCCAUUGGGUAAUCGUACUAUGCGUCCCUGCAUUGCCACUGCUGCUAAAAUACAGGCAGGUGAACUAAAAAGGGAGGAUUUUAAAGGCUCCAAGUGGUUAGUGGUGAGAUAUAGUAUAUACAAUAUAGAAGUUAUCAAUGCAGCUAUCCAAAUAGCCAAACAAGAAGGUCUUCUUAUAUCCCUAGAUUUGGCCAGUUUUGAGAUGGUUAGAAAAUUUAGAACACCUUUACUAGAACUAUUGGAGUCGGGUAACAUAGAUCUUUGUUUUGCUAAUGAAGAUGAAGCCGCCGAACUUUUAAGUGGCGAGCAAGUUGCGGGACCUGAGGCUGCAGUUGAUGUCUUGGGCAAAUACUGUCAAUGGGCCGUGGUGACGUUAGGUCCACAUGGAUGCAUUGCAAGGCAUAAAAAAGAGGUUGUGAAGGUUCCUGCGAUCGGGCAGACAAAGACAAUUGAUGCAACUGGGGCGGGGGAUCUUUUUGCGGGAGGGUUUUUGUAUGGUUUAGUGAAAGGAAUGUCUCUUGAGGAAUGUUGCAUAAUUGGGUCAUGCAGUGGUGGAUCGGUGAUUCGGUCAUUGGGUGGUGAGGUGUCGCCGGAAAAUUGGCAGUGGAUGUAUAAGCAAUUCAAAACCAAAGGUCUCCCUGCGCCCAUUGUUUCAUUGUAAAAUCAUCUUUUAAGACUUCUUCAAUUGAAUCCAAGCUAACGUUAGCCCGGAUGAAUGUUUAAGAAAAGACUAUGAUUAAUUAUGUGAAGAAUCACCUUGUCUUUUUAGUCUUAAUAUUUUGGUAUGAA